AUGGAAAGCCAGGAUGAGUCGAUCACGGUAGUGGUUCGAUGCAGAGGUCGAUCUUCAAAAGAAGUUCAGUUGAAACAACCCAUUAUAGUGGAUGUUCCUUCGGAGUUUGACUCUGAUAGUGUCACUCGAACCGUCAGUGUAAAUACGUCUCACGACUCAAGUUUGUCAUCUCAAAUAACGUCCACCAAAAGCUAUACAGUUGACCAAUCAUUUGGACCAGCGGUGGACCAAGAAAUGGUUUUUCAGAGUGUGGCAGAGCCCUUAUUUGAGGAGUUUAUCCGAGGUUAUAAUUGUACAAUAUUUGCAUAUGGCCAAACAGGAACGGGGAAGACCCAUACAAUGUGUGGAGACGGUAGGGAAAUUGAAGGGUCUUUGUCACCAGAUGCUGGAAUUAUUCCACGUUUAUUGUUCAAGCUCUUUGAUGCGUUAAAUCAAAAGAAUAUUGAUUUUGUUGUGAAAUGUUCUUUCGUGGAGUUAUACAAUGAAGAGUUGAAAGAUCUUCUAGGAAAUAUCAACAGUUCUAAAUCUCGUCUUAGAAUAUAUGAGCAACGAGACGGUAGCAAGCCGCUGAUUAAAAUCGACGGUCUCGAAGAGAGACAUAUCCAGGAUGCUCAUCAAGGAAUGAAAUUAUUACAAAAAGGGAUCAGACAAAGAAAGACAGCAUCUACAAAGCUUAAUGAAAUGUCUAGUAGAUCUCACACCAUAUUCACAGUAACGCUUUGGCAGAAACUCCCAAAUGAUGUGGACGAUAAGUAUUCAGUAGCCAAGAUGAAUCUUGUGGAUCUGGCUGGAUCCGAAAAUAUCCAUAGGUCAGGCGCUGUGAAUGCGCGUGCGAGAGAAGCCGGAGUCAUCAAUCAAAGCCUUUUAACUCUUGGAAGGGUAAUUAAUUCGCUAGUCGAUAAAGCUUCUUAUAUCCCUUACCGAGAGUCUAAGCUCACUAGAUUAUUGCAGGACUCAUUGGGAGGGAAAACAAAAACAGUGUUGAUAGCUAAUAUCUCACCUACCAGAGCCGACCAUCACGAAACCAUUAGCACACUGGAAUACGCUGCCAAGGCAAAGAACAUUUGUAAUGCUGUUCAAGUUGGAGGAUUUGUCAGUAAGAAUCUGCUUUUAAAGGAUUUGGCCAGCGAAAUCACUCGACUAAAGUUGGACUUGAUCGCAACUAGAUCCAAAGAGGGCGUCUUUCUAGAUGACUCUAACUAUAAUCAACUUAUUUCAGAACAAGAAAAUCUCAAAACUGAGGUCCGUGAACUGCAGAUAAGCAACCGUGCUCUCCGGUUAAAAUUGGAGAAUACGUCCAACACAUUGAAAAAGGAAAAAGAGUACCACAGUAAAAUAGAACAAGAGCUCACAGCUUACAAAAAUUCUAAUAUAACGAUACAGAAUUCGUUGAAGGAACGAAAUAACCAAUUAAUUGACAUUUCCUUAAUAACGAAUAAUAUAGCCCAAACUGCUGAAAAGGAUUUGAAGCAGGUGAAAUCAUUUCAGGAACUAGUUGCCAGACAACUGAAACACAGGACACUCCAAGAGCUACAAGCUAGUUUGAAUCAUUUAAUGAGAAAGAAUAAUGCCAAAGAUAUUACUAUCGACGAGGAUACCGGAAUGCUAAGAGUUUUAUUGAAGGAUUUUGAGAGCAUGCUUCAAAAUACUUUAUUAGGAAUGACUAAAGAUGUAAUAGAGCCAUCAGUGAACACAAAAGCUACUGUUUCUGAGUUGAGAUCUCACCUCCAAGACUUGGGUCAACUACUGAGGAGUCAGGUGGAUGAUAAUCUGAGUAUGAUUUCUAGUUUAGAACAACAAACACGCUCAAUCUCCAGAUACAUCGAGAAGGGAAUGUUCAAAAACAAGGAUCAAAUUGUAGAGAACUGUUUGUCACAAUUGAAGGCAGAUAUAGAAAGGGAAACGUUAAAGUUUCAGGAGGUUAUGUUCAGCAAAGUUAGAGACAGUGUAAGCUCUGCAACGAAGACACUGGCAUCAUCUGAGACUAAUGAAAUUACCAAGAUCUACCAAAGCUGGAUAGGUUCAACUUCGGAUGCAGUAAUGAACCGGAAAUCGCGUGAAGACGAAUUUAGAAAGUCAUUUGAAAUUUCUGAAGCUACGACUGAACAGAAAUUAUCUGAAAUUGAUGAAAGAACCACAAAUGGGGCCGAGUCUUUGAGAGAGCAUCAAGAGAACUUGCUACAAAAGAGCUACCUUUUAUCAUCUAAUGGGCCAGUCUGUCGUGCUGUUGACCAGAUUGAUAUCAAAUUCAAUACGGUAGGAAACUGUCGAACCCAUCUGCAUGAUAAGCUGCAUUCAGUAUAUGAGCAACUGUCUCACUAUACACAUCAAGUGAAUCAAGUUGUCAAUCAGAACCGAGAUGAUGAAAGUAGCAGACUUGAAGUAGAAAGGUUUUUGAGAUCGUUUAAAGCAGUACUGAAAAGUUCUGGAUUAGAAGAGGAUUUCAAGAUGCGUCAAAGGGAAACAGAGGCCACGGUAGGGGAGAUUCAACAAUUGUCAGUGAGGGAAUUGAAUCUAGAUCAAGAUCCUGAUUCGAGUGGGUCAGCCAAUCCAACCACUAGGGUGCAAGUUCUAACUCCUAGGAAAAAUUCCCUGCACACACCAGGAGUUGGUAGCAGCACCCCACAGGGCUUGAAGAGGCCCAGAUCCAAUGAAGAUAAAGAGAAUACUCUCCUUGCAUCUCCCAAACACCCCCGAAUAUUCGGAGAUGGAGCGUCCCUAUUGGGAAAUCAGGAAAAGUAG